AUGGGGGCAAUGCUGGAGCUGCCACUCUCCAUGGGUAAGGUCAAGACAGCUGCAGUGCUGGUAGAGGAGGCAUUAGGAACAGCAGACGAGGAGCUCCCCAAGCACCAUCAGCGGAGGACCCUGGGCAAGACAUUCUCUGUUCUCUCCCCCUGCCCACUUCUCCCCAACACAGGGCGAGAUGGGAAGCAGAAGGGUCUGCAGGCCCUGCUGGCUUUUGCUUUCCAAAAGCCAAACCCAUGGAAGAGGACAGGGUUUGAGGCAGAGGCCGACCCCUGGAGGACCUUGGAAGGAGCUCAGGACAGAUGGCAGGGCACAUACAGCCACGGAGAGACGCAGGAGCCCACCGGAACUGUGAUGCUGCACCCGGCCUUGCCCUUGAAAGCCCAGACAACAGGUGCUCUGCUGACUGAGGAAAUGACUUAUUCAGCUUUUCACCCACUCUGCUCGGACUUUGAACCAAGCUCUUCUUGCCUAGUUUUCUUUUUGCCCCUUCGUCUCGCCAGGAUCCUCGCCACCCCCGUCAUAGCUUCUUCCCGGCCUCGGGUGGCCUUCCAGCCACCUGCGCGCGACCGGCAUCGACGCGCAGCAAGGAGGCGGUUGGUAAGAGCUCAGUCCACCGCCAUCCCAGGGAGCUGCGGAGACUACAACUCCCAUCACGCCCCGCAGCCGGCUCCCUCCCCUCCCCUCUGCCCCCCCCCUCUCUACCUUGGCCGGCGGUUGGGAAGCUCUCAGCUUUUAUCUGCAGACCGGGCGGGAGGGUUCCGGAUCCCUGCGAUCUUCCCAGACCGGAGCGCUGUGCCCGGCGGUGGCGGUGGCGGUGGCGGAGGCUCUCAGCCGAGUUCUGCCUUUGCGUCCGCGCCAGCCCGGAGCCUCCGGGGGGCCGACGGUCAGUCCCGGCGCGGCGAGAGGAUGGUCAUCCGCGUGUUCAUCGCCUCCUCCUCGGGCUUCGUGGCGAUAAAGAAGAAGCAGCAGGAUGUGGUUAGAUUUCUGGAAGCCAACAAGAUAGAGUUUGAGGAGGUGGACAUCACGAUGUCAGAAGAGCAGAGGCAGUGGAUGUACAAGAACAUCCCCCUGGAGAAGAAGCCUGCCCAGGGCAACCCUCUGCCACCUCAGAUAUUUAAUGGUAACCGAUACUGUGGAGAUUAUGACAGUUUCUUUGAAUCCAAGGAAAGCAACACAGUCUUUUCAUUCUUAGGCCUCAAAUCACAGUUGGCAUCAAAGGCAGAACCUUAGCGAAGACAAGCGGAAGAGGACGGAGAUGCAUUUUGGAGCGCCCCUGGUACUCAGCACACACCUGCUUACCUAAUGCAUCACUGUGACAGAAGCCACAUGCAUUAUCAGUAACUUUGCUUGCCACGGGAAAGGUGUUUUGGGAAGACAUGGGUCUAAUGGGAUUGCAUGAGUGCUUUAAACCAAAUCAGGACCGUGGUGGGUUUUUUCCUUGUUUUCAGAAUUGCCUGCAGUUGCCUCACUCACCCGGCGGUACUGUCACCUGUUACAGGUGUGCCUCCUGAAUAACUGCGUGAUAAGCAGGUGGCACCAUCAGAGAGAAAGUACUGGAUCUGCCCUGGGUUGUAGUUGAUGCCAGGAUUGCUCAGACCUGCUUCUCUUCAGGCUGCCUAGGUGGUGUCCUUGAAAUUAGUCGGCCAGGCUCUUAGACUAUUUUGAUCAGAAAGGAAAAAAAGCAAUGUUGGUUGACAAAGGGCUAAAGAUCUUUGCUGCAGAUUCACAAGCAUCACUAUUCCAGUGCUUUGUCAUAACUGUAGGAAAAACUUAGGUGUUCUAGCCUCCUUUUGGUAAUGGAAAUUCUUACCCCCCAUAAAUCCUCCAAACCCCUACAGAUGUUUCCAGAAAUCACUGUUGCAACAAUGUGUGAUCAGAACCAGUUGACAGGGAUGAAAAGAAUUGCUAUUUGGAAAAAAAAAUGCUUCUUUAUCUCUUACAAAGGAAAAGUUUCACCUAAUGUGUAAGAUGACUUAAAAGAUAUCUUUAAAGAGGUGCACUGAUAGUUAAUUUAUAGGGACAUUAUCUGACUCGUACCUGAAGGCAUUUCAGCUCUAGCAACUUAUUAUGCGUAAGUGCACAUAUAUAUAUAUAUAUAUAUAUAUAUAUAUUUUUUUUUUUUUUUUAGUGCACAUAUAUUUUUAAACGCAGCUCCCCCAACUAAUAGCUGCUUAUAUAUUUUGCAAAGGGAUUGUAUUUUUCGAGAAAGGAAGAUCUCGGUUAGAUAUAUUUUGUGAACCCUUGAUUGAUGAGGCAUAUUAAAAGAUACUAAUAUUGCUGCACACUUUAAUUUUUUUUCCUGUGUUACUUUUCAUCGGUCCUCUGACACUGCCAGUUCAUAUUUCUGGCCAAUGCACAGUUCCGGAUUUUCAGAGUAACAUAGAUACAUGUUCUCAUUCCAUAUAUGAACACCAGUGAUUUUUCAGAACAGAGUACAUACGAGAAAGGGGCUGUCAGAGACUCACUCUGAAUUGUACUUGGCAUGUGAAAUCUCUCCUUCCUUUGGAGUGGGUGCUGACAAACACUGAACCUGUCGACUUCAUUAGGGCAAAGGCUUCUUUUCUGCAUCCUUGUCCCUGCUCACAUUUUUUUAGAGUUUUUAGUUGCCAAACCUGGGAAUAGUCUUGAAUAGAAUAAACUCAGAGUGCUGCCUAAGAUAUUCUGCUAUUCUCAGUGUCCUGAUGGUGGACCUGCCCUUUUGAUUCUGAGCAGGAAGUUUGUAAGAAAUGGAAAGAACAGAAGAAUUUAGUCCCUGUCACCUGUGUUCUCUCUCCCUCCUAUUCUAAAGAACUUGUUGAAUGCUAAAGCUGACAUCCCAGCCUGAGAUUUGCAUCCCAGGACUACAACCAGAAGGAAAGCAUGCCACUGAUUACUACAUGACUGGAACAGAUAUAUGAUCCAUCAUUUUCUCUGCAAGGAAAGCUGCUGUAAAAUCACGGCUGUGACUGCUUAGUUGGCAUUAAAUACGAUCCAGGUCAAAUUCCACUUGAUAAAUCCCAGGGACUAACCAGGAAAUGUUUUUGAACUGGAUAUCGUGUUAAAGUCUAAGAAGACUUAGAAUUUCUUUUUAAGAUACAGCAGUUUUUAAAAGUUAACGUUGCAAUGGUCUAACUUACAUUUUGUCUACUCUUGCCAGUGACUACCGAGAAGCAACUUGGUAAGAUUGAGUCUUGGGGUUGUAGGAUCAAUUCAAUACCUGCUAGACCAAGAAAGCUACUCAGAAUUGUUUGUCUCAAAACUUCUGAAUUACUCUGGUUGUAGUAGGCCCAGUAUGGUUGUCCUAAACAGACUAGAUGAAUAGGAGUGCUAAAUUAUUUACCACAGUUACAGAUCAUCUACCCCACCCCACUUUUUUUUUUUGGAGCAGCAAAGAAAUAGGAGAGACCAGCUUCACCUGGUAUUGUGCUUGUUAUGAGCAAGCUAGAAACACACUGUGUGGCAUUUCCCUCAGUACCCAGGCUCUGCAGAGUCCUAAGGUAUUGCCCUCUGGGACUGCACUGUGUCCUUACUUGUGUUUUACCAGCUGAAUUCCAAACCUGUAAUGGUUUUCUUCAUCCCUUCUUUUUUCGUUUUGUUUUGUUUUGUUUUUUUACGGUACGCGGGCCUCUCACUGUUGUGGCCUCUCCCGUUGCGGAGCGCAGGCUCCGGACGCGCAGACUCAGCGUCCAUGGCUCACGGACCCAGCCGCUCCACGGCAUGUGGGAUCCUCCCGGACCGGGACACGAACCCCUGUCCCCAGCAUCGGCAGGCGGAAUCUCAACCAGCGUGCCACCAGGGAAGCCCUUCAUCCCUUCUUUAACUAGCUGCCUUUAGAUCUGAAUAAUCAUAGUCUUAAAAAUCUAGGAAAGAAGUGGAUGGGAAUUGCAGACAUAGAUGUAAUAUCAAAAGCAUUUUAAGACAGAAUUUUUAUUUCCUGUAGUAGGCUUGUUGGGGCAAAGAAAAUGUGCUGCUAAAAAUCAAAUUAUCCCAUUUUAAAAUGAGAUAAAAUACAGAGAGUGCCAUCCUGCUAGGUAUAUGCAGACCAGAAGAAAAUUUAGUUGGGGAAGUACUUGUUUUUCCACAUUCUGGUAUUCUAUUAAAAUCAAAAAGGAGAAAAGGAGGAUUUUUUUUUUCUCUCAGGCUCUAAUAUAUUUUAGAUUUGUUUCUGUUUUAUAGAUUUAUUCAACACUCCCACAUAGAUGCUUUUAUAUUACAUGAAUUUAAUAACGAACUAAACUUAUUUUUGUCCUUCCUUGUUGAAAGGUACCAAAGCCUCUUUCUGGUUUGUUUUGUUUUGUUUUUUAAUUUGAUUUUGCUGUAUAGGGUUUUGCUUUUUCUAGAAAUGCUUACAUCUUUUCUAAAGUGUCAGAGCCCACUUUGAUCUGCAAAAUUAUUGUGUUUAGAUUUCCAUUUGUAUGCAUUUAUUUGUCUCUAAAGGCAUUGGUGAAAUCUCAGAUUUUAUAUUAAGCAUUAAAGAGGAAUAAAUUACAGAAAACACAUUCUGAAAAUGGA